UUGUUUUCAUAACAUAGGAGAACUCGAGCAUCGAGGAAACGUCAAAAGUGAAUUUACUACGCAGAGAGAGGCAAGCUAUUAGAAAAUUUUUGGUGUUUACCGGACCAACAUGAAGUUUCAAUACAAGGAGCAACACCCAUUCGAAAAAAGGAAAACUGAGGGCGAGAAAAUUAGGAGAAAGUAUCCGGACCGCGUUCCCGUGAUUGUAGAAAAGGCUCCGAAAGCACGAAUUGGCGAUGUGGAUAAGAAAAAGUACCUUGUACCAUCUGAUCUAACAGUUGGCCAGUUUUAUUUCUUGAUCAGAAAAAGGAUCCAUCUUAGGCCUGAAGAUGCGCUAUUCUUUUUUGUAAAUAACGUUAUUCCACCUACUUCUGCCACUAUGGGAUCCCUUUAUCAGGAGCACCACGAGGAAGAUUUCUUCCUGUACAUUGCUUAUUCUGAUGAAAAUGUUUAUGGCAAAUUGGAUCUGUAAUCGGCUAUAAAAAUCAUUGAUCAUGAAUAUGUAAUAGAAAAUAUGUAAUACACAAAUUAUUAUAGUAUUAAGUUUAUGGUUACUUGAGAAUUUGAACAUAUAGGUACAUAUGUUUUUGCUAAUUGGCUGUACCACCCGUUUCUAAGGAAAGGGG